UUUGCGUAUGGACCAUUUUGACUCUCCAACCACUGGAGACGGCUUAACUUGUUUACAACGAAAUAGAGGCACUGACAAGUGAACAAAGCUUUUGUUUGUUUAUUGUCAAGUAAAUCAAAAUAUAAACAAAUUUACAGGCGCAUAAACAACCAAACAUAAAUAAAAAUAUUCCGUUAGCACUGCGAGCAAACAAUAAUAGCAAAAUAGAAACGAAGAAACGAAAAUCCUGCAGCAACGAAAAUAAAUACUAAAAUGGCAUUACUACAAGUGCCGCCAUUCAAUGAGCAGGUAAUUGUCCUGAACACGCCAAAUCGCAAUGAGAUACUCAAGGAGGGACUCCCAACGCACACCAAAUAUAAAAUUUUGGGCCGCGGUGCCUUUGGGACCGUCUUUAAGGCGAUUUAUCGAGGUCAACCCGUUGCUGUGAAGAUCGUGCGAAAUGGGAGUAAAGCGAAUGCCCAAUCGAUGCGUAGUGAGAUGCAAAUUUUAGGCUGGAAGCAUCGCAAUAUAAUAACCAUUUUGAAAGUUGAAACUACAUCAAAUUUUGGUAUAGUGAUAAUGGAAAGGCUUGUGGGACAAAGUUUACAAGACGUAAUAGAAGCUACGCAGCUAAUGCUGGAGCAUAGAAUUUUCAUUACACUGGAUAUCCUAUCCGCACUUUCCUAUUGCCACAAGCGAAAUCUGCUACAUCUUGAUGUAAAGCCACAGAAUGUGCUGGUAUCUCUCGUUGGCAUCGAACCAAAAUUACGAUACGAAACACAAUCGAAUUUCUUCUCCCGGCAGCAGUAUGUGUGUAAGCUAUGUGAUUUUGGAGCUUCGCUGAAGAUCGAUACACCUAAGCCGGCACCCAAAGGCAAUGCACGUGGCACCAUGCGUUACAUGUCCCCAGAAGCGUUGUGCGAAGGACCGCUUACACCUGCUGCAGACAUCUACUCGCUUGGCAUUACAAUGUGGCAAAUGCAACAGCGCCGUUUACCUUAUCAUUGGAUCGCUUGCAAUGAAGUAGUCGCCUAUCAGGUGGUCAAGAAUAAGCUGCGUCCCGAUAGUACAUUUUCUAGCAAUACAAAAUGCGUUGGCAAUGAUUGCAAAAGCGCUUUGCAUUCGACUAUGCCAUUGCAUCAUAAAUGCCAUUGCGCCAACUUGACAGCAGAGGAGAUCACCUAUCACUCAUUAGUGCAUCUUACAAAUGUACUCAAUCGCACCAAACAACCCGAGGAACACUUACAUUUCUCCGAUUGUGGUGUGGAUGAGGUGCCUCAGACGAUUAGGCGUCGUCCAUUCGCCUCAUUAAAUUCAAAAAUGAAUGUUAUGCGUGAUCUGAGUGCCGAGUUGAAGUGUAGUAAGUUGCCGAUUGCUCAGCGUUCACCAUUGAAACAACUAAAAUCACUGGAACAACAACAACAACAACAAAAGCAGCGCACGAAAGGGGAUAUUGGCGAUCUGUUGGCGGUGUUUGGAAAUAUUUUGGGCCAACAGGAUGGCGACAAGGAGCAGAGCUACGAAAUGCUUUGCAGAUCUUGUUGGCACGAUGAACCGAGUAUGCGACCGUGCGCGAAAGAGUUACGCAAAAAAUUAGUUGAAUUGUUGAAAUAAAUGUUUGUUGAAAAAUUUUUACUUUAUGAUAGAU